CAAACUGACAAGAAUUUUCAAAUUCAAUAUCAAUAGUAAACUUCCAAAUAAAUUUUGUUUAAUUUCAUUGAAAACAAUUUGAAUUUUAAUUAAUUAGUUCCGAUUUCGGAUAAUUAGUGAGUUGGUUAAUUGCGACGAUCGUCUAAUAAAUUCAACCAUGGAAGAUUGCGAGAACGAAAGCGACUGCAAUCGCAAUAAGGACCGCAGUCCCUCCCCCGGAGUGAAGUCAACGGCCGUGGUGAAGUACACAGCCUUCCAGAGUCCUGUGGGAUAUGCUCGCCUGCAGUGCAACACAGACAUCAACCUGCCACCCUCCAACUGGGGUGGGAUAGAUACCUACGGACUGAAACAGAUAUUGACCAGAGAUAGCGGCCUGUCCAGUUUCAGAAUGGCUCACAUGUUCCCCGACUGCGUAGGCGAGGUAGAUGUGAUCUCAGAUGCCGAGUGCAUUAAAAAACUGCUGAAGCUUCCUUAUCAGCCUAAUGGGACUGUGAGCAUGAUGGUGCACCGAGUGGAAAACACCCUGCUACUGGAUGACUUUGACGUGUACGAAUACCUGAUGAAGUCGGAAUGGUCGUGGCUUAAGGACUUCUUCUAUGAGAACAUAUUGAAGACCAUGUCGGAGAAGGAGCGCAUGGCCCUGACGCUGGCGCCGCGGCCCAGCUCGGCGCUGCAGCUGACGCACAAGUUCCUGUCGCACAGCGUGGCGCACCGGCCGCAGCCGCUGCCCUCUGAGACGCCGCACCCGCCCAUGUGUUUGCCCGGACCAUUUCUCCCAGAACCUGAAACACGCCCUGAGGCCUCAGAACCAACCAAUGAGCAAAACUUCAACCGAAAUGUGCACUGGACUUUCGAAGACAUCCACAUGUUGAUAGGCAGCAACUUACCAAUCUUCGGCGACAAAGACCGACCUUGCGUGAGUCUACGUUUGCGAGACGCGAGGGAAUCUAUAAACGUACUCACAGGGAUAGACUAUUGGUUGGACAACCUUAUGUGCAAUGUUCCAGAAGUCUUAAUGUGCUACCAUUUAGAUGGAAUAGUCCAGAAAUACGAGCCAAUGAAAACUGAGGAUUUGCCCAAUAUGGAAAACAGUAGAUUUUCCCCAAAAGUCAUAAGGAAUGUUGCCCAAAAUAUACUGUCUUUUUUGAAAUCGAAUGCGACCAAAGCUGGCCACACUUACUGGCUGUUCAAAGGGCCGCACGAUGAUGUGGUUAAACUCUAUGAUUUGACCACUCUAUGCCCGGAUGCCAUGGACAAUCCUUUCACGACGCCUGUCGCUAUGUUGUUAUAUAGAGUAGCACGAAACAUGCGCCUAAUGAACAGGUCGAAGCAUGUCCGCCAACUGUUGGAGCAUGUCGUGGAGUUGCUGAAAGUGGAGCGCUAUCCACAAAUCGUCGCCUCCUCGCACUAUAUGCUGUCAGAUUUGUAUGUACCGGCCAUCACUAAUCCUGCUUGCCCGAAUUUUAAAGAUGAAAGCUCAGAAUCGGAAGACGAGUCAGAUUUCGGGAACGAUGCGGAGUUCUCCGGUCGUCCCACUUCUGAUGUAGACAGUGGGUGUGAAAGAGACAGCAACGUGUACAAGGAAGAGACGAGCGACAAAGUCGAGAUUAUGAGCGACACCACAGACAAGGAUGAGAAGUGCGAGCGAGAGGAAAAUAUCGACGCGGGUGAGUGCGAGCGAGAGAGCAGCACUGAAAAUACGGAACUAGCGCUACAAGUGCGUGGACUGGCGUUAAGGAACAUCGGUCAUAGGCAGUCUUCCAAUAACACUGACGAAAAAGCCAAAACGGACCCCGAAAAAGGUCUGGGAGUCGAAGCGGCUACCCGCUGCGGGCGCGCGCUGCGGCAUGCGCUACAGGGACUGAAGGCUUUGCACCAUCUCACCAUCAAUAAAUCCAAGGAGGAGGAGCGGGAACGUCUAAAACAACAGAUUAUAAUAGAGGAGCAAAACCCCAAAAUGGCGAACCCUUACGAACCGAUUAAAAUGAACUACGAACCGUUGAAACGUACCAAAGACACGAAAGAGCACGUCUCUAGAAGCAGGCGACGCAAGAGGGAGAAAAAGGUCGACAAAUCUAAAAACUACUUGAUAGAGACAAAUUCGACCAUAGACAAAAACGCUAUUCUAGUGCGCAAAGACAAAAAAACGAUUCCCACUUGGCACGAACCGAAUAGAGACGACAAUUUCGCUUGGAAACUACAUUUAAAGACUUUAUUAUAUGAAAAAAUUUGUCUUGCAUAUGCAACAUUGGCCGAAUACAGUUACUCGCAUGAACAGUAUGGGUUUUCCUUGAAAUAUAUAGACAUGGCCAAUAAAUGCCAAAGGUUGUUAAGUAAUAUGAUAAUUAAAAGCAGAGUGGUCGAUGCCAGUUGUCUCAUUGGUCGUGUUGGUGACAAUUAUUUCCAAUUGAGCAAACAUUGGCCGAAUUUGGCGCAGUUCAGGAUACAGUUUGAAAGGGACCACGAGAUUGAUGGUCAGAUAAAAAUGGAGAUUGAGAAUGAUAUGGCUGAGGAGUUGGACGGAGAGGUUGGAGAGGAGUUUGAGCUUGAGAUACAGCUGCCCGACAGCGAGACGGAGGCGAUGCUGUCGGCGUGCGCGUACUACCGGCGCGCGGGCGCGGCGAGCGCGGACGACGCGCGCAAGCGGGACGAGCUGCGGCGCCGCACCGCGUCCGUGUGCAACGAGCUCGCCGUGCGGUACAUGAACGAUGCGCAGCAGAUCUAUGUGAAAUACCUCGAGGAGUCGGACCAAAGGGACGAAAGCUCCAAGCUGAUGUACAAGCAGUUCAGCGUACUGUCCCGUCGAUCCUCCGAGUGUCUGGACGAGGCGACCGCGAUAUUCACGCAAGUCAACGACGUGCCCAACUUGGCGCUCCUCUACUGCAACAAGGCGCGCUACAUGCGCUUCAGGGCGCACUGCGUACAAGGCGGCUUCAAUUCGGAGAAGCGCAGCCUGUACAGCGAGGCGGAGGAGCUGUACCGGUCGGCGCUCAAGCUGCUGGGGCCGCGCGAGUCGUGCGGCGCCACGUCGGUGUGGGACCUGGUCUCCUGGGAGCUGUCCUGCCACCUCUACACGCGCGCCGUGCUCAUGCAGGACUGUCCGGGGGUGUACGCCAAUGAGGUGACAGAAGUGGCGGAGGCGUUCAAGCACGCGCUCAAGUACUGUCUGCUGAGUCCGGGCCCGCGCCAGUACCUCUACCAGUUCCGCGCCGCCAUGAUCUACCACCGGCUCGGCUCGCUCUACCACUCGCAGUACAGGGUAACGCGCGAGGACGGUCCUCGGCGCCGCAGUCUGUUGAGCGCGACGUGCGCUCAGUACGAGAAGGCGGCCAUGCAGUUCGCCGCGCUCGAGGACGCCGCCAUGUUCCUCACCGUGCGCCUGGAGCACGUGGCCGCGCUGGAGGCGCACGCCGCUGUAUCACCAAACGUAAAGCUGAAAUCCCUCCAAAACGCCAUAGAACUCUUACGUCAAUGUCACUCGAUCAUGAAAGUGCUCAAAGACAGAGAUCCCGAAGAGCAUAAAGAAACGCCGAAACCAGAAGAGGCAGAUGAAAAAACCUUAAAAAACGAACACAGCCUUCUAGCACUAUACGAGAACCGAUUACAUUUUAUAUUGAAAAACAUCAUACAAUAUUGCAUAUCGAAAUCUAACAAAGACUAUGAAAAGAUGACAGACAUGUACAAGAAAUUAUAUUCCGCGAGUCUGAGGAUUAGGAAAGAUGAUAAUAUUCGUGCGUACGCCUCUAGUAUAUGCGAUGUUCUUGUGUCUAUGGACGGUAUUAGUAAGGAUUUUGAGUAGUUAGUUUUAAUAAAGACAUUUUUAUGAAAUAUAUUUUAAAGUUAAUAUCUUAAACGGUUGGUAUGGGGUUGUCACUAGUGUCUGAUGACAUGAUUUCUGUCUGUAUUUUUUUCUGGAAUCUCAGUGUAAAAAAGUUAUAGGCAUUUCUGCUUAAUUUAAUGUCCUUAGUUAAAUGAUUUUUUUUUAUAAUGUUAACUAAUCAUCAAUUUAAAUAAAUAAAAUUGAAUUGUCUGUCUGUGUUUUCAGUUGUGAUUUGAAAAGAAAAAAAAUGAUUUUUUUGUUUUAAUUUUUGUCUGUUCAGUUUGUCCGAGCUAAUCUUUGGAACGACUGAACUGAUUUUACUGGAACUUUUACAGGAAGAUAGAGGAGAUGAUUGAGCAAUAACAAAACACAUGUGAAUAGGUCUAAUAUGGCUUCUUUUUAAGGUUUAACCGAAUUACAAAGGAAUGUGUUUUGUUUAUUACUGUCUAUUUUUGUAAAACCUCAAUUUUAUUUGUAAAUAGCUUGUUUAUGUGCUUCUACUCAUACCUUACUUUACUAAAUUACAAUAUCAUCAUUUUUCAAUAUUAGACAAAUCUAAAAGUUUCCAUUCAUACUUUAGUGUUAAGUAGAUAACUUAUUAAAAUAAAUGUUUGUUUUUUAAUACAGAAA